CAAGAAAUCUCCAUCAUCAGGCUCAGUCACACAUUUUGAUCUCCUUUUGGGGUGAACAAGAGGUCCGACGCAAGGAUGGGAGACGCUGCCAUGAAGGAGUUUGGGCCGGCAGCCCCGUAUCUCCGGAAGUCCGACAGAGAGCGUCUGGAGGCUCAGACACGUCCCUUCGACAUGAAGAAGGAGUGCUUCGUGCCCGAUCCCGAUGUAGAGUAUGUGAAGGCCUCCAUCAUCAGCAGAGAGGGUGACAAAGUCAAUGUUAUGACUGAGAUGAAUAAGACCGUAACGGUGAAGGACGCAGAUGUCCACCCUCAGAACCCGCCAAAGUUUGAUAAAAUUGAAGACAUGGCGAUGUUCACCUUCCUUCACGAGCCCGCUGUGCUGUUCAACCUCAAAGAGCGUUACGCAGCCUGGAUGAUCUACACCUAUUCUGGGCUGUUCUGUGUCACUGUCAACCCCUACAAGUGGCUGCCAGUCUACGACCAGAAAGUGGUGGUUGCCUACAGAGGCAAGAAGAGGGCUGAAGCUCCUCCUCACAUCUUCUCCAUCUCUGACAAUGCCUACCAGUACAUGUUGGCAGACAGAGAGAACCAGUCAGUCUUGAUCACUGGAGAAUCUGGUGCAGGAAAGACUGUCAACACCAAGAGAGUCAUCCAGUACUUUGCCAGCAUUGCGGCUGUGUCUGGAAAAAAGGAUGCAGCCUCUGAGAAAAAAGGAACCCUGGAGGAUCAAAUCAUCCAGGCCAACCCUGCUCUUGAGGCCUUUGGCAAUGCAAAGACCAUCAGAAAUGACAACUCUUCCAGAUUCGGCAAGUUUAUCCGAAUCCACUUUGGUGUUAGUGGAAAGCUGGCUUCAGCUGACAUUGAGACAUAUUUGCUGGAAAAGUCUCGGGUAACAUACCAGCUAAAGGCUGAAAGAGACUACCACAUCUUUUACCAAAUUCUCUCCCAAAAGAAGCCAGAGUUGCUUGAAAUGCUGCUCAUCACCAGUAACCCCUAUGACUACGCCUUCAUCUCCCAAGGAGAGACGACUGUAGCCUCUAUCAAUGAUGCUGACGAACUUGUGGCCACUGAUCAAGCUUUUGAUGUCCUGGGCUUCACCGUGGAAGAGAAGAACAGCAUCUACAAGCUGACCGGUGCCAUAAUGCACUACGGCAACAUGAAGUUCAAGCAGAAGCAGCGUGAGGAGCAGGCAGAGGCUGACGGCACUGAGGAUGCUGACAAAUCAGCGUACCUGAUGGGCCUGAACUCUGCUGAUCUCAUCAAGGGACUGUGUCACCCGAGAGUCAAAGUAGGAAACGAGUGGGUCACCAAAGGGCAGAAUGUCCAGCAGGUGUACUAUGGCAUCGGUGCCCUUGCCAAAUCCGUGUAUGAGAAGAUGUUCCUGUGGAUGGUGGUGAAAAUCAACCAGACCCUAGCCACCAAACAACCGCGCCAGUAUUUCAUUGGAGUGCUGGACAUUGCUGGGUUUGAGAUCUUUGAUUUCAACACAUUUGAGCAACUUUGCAUCAACUUCACCAAUGAGAAGCUGCAACAGUUUUUCAAUCACCACAUGUUUGUGUUGGAGCAAGAGGAGUACAAGAAGGAAGGCAUUGAGUGGGAGUUCAUUGACUUUGGCAUGGACUUACAGGCCUGCAUUGACCUAAUUGAAAAGCCUAUGGGUAUCAUGUCCAUCCUUGAAGAGGAGUGCAUGUUCCCUAAAGCCAGUGAUGCCACAUUUAAAGCAAAGCUUUAUGACAACCAUCUGGGAAAAUCUGGAAACUUCCAGAAGCCAAGAAAUGUGAAAGGCAAAGCCGAGGCCCAUUUCUCCCUGGUUCACUACGCUGGCACUGUGGAUUACAACAUUUGCAACUGGCUGGUGAAGAACAAGGACCCUCUGAAUGAGACAGUUGUGGGACUUUACCAGAAGUCAACCCUUAAGCUGCUGUCAAUACUCUUUGCUAACUAUGCUGGAGCAGAGUCAGAUGGAAAGAGCAAGGGUGGAGGAGGUGCAAAGAAGAAGGGCUCCUCGUUCCAAACAGUGUCUGCUUUACACAGGGAAAAUCUCAACAAGCUGAUGACCAACUUGAGGUCGACUCACCCCCACUUUGUGCGCUGCAUCAUCCCCAAUGAGACCAAGACUCCUGGGGUGAUGGAGAACCCUCUGGUGAUGCACCAGCUGCGCUGUAACGGUGUGCUGGAAGGCAUCAGGAUCUGCAGAAAGGGCUUCCCCAACAGGAUCCUCUAUGGAGACUUCAAACAGAGAUACCGCAUUCUAAACCCAUCUUCCAUUCCGGAGGGGCAAUUCAUAGACAGUAAAAAGGCUGCGGAGAAACUACUGGGCUCUCUGGAUAUUGACCAUAACCAGUAUAAAUUAGGGCACACAAAGGUGUUCUUCAAGGCUGGUUUACUGGGUCUGCUGGAGGAGAUGAGAGAUGACAGGCUGGCUCUGAUCAUCACAGCGAUACAAGCCAGAUCCAGAGGACUUCUGGCAAGAGAUGAAUUCCAAAAGAUUCUAGAGCGCAAGGAUUCUCUGUUGGUAAUCCAAUGGAACAUCCGUGCCUUCAUGAUUGUGAAGAAUUGGCCAUGGAUGAGGCUCUACUUCAAGAUCAAGCCACUCUUGAAAUCUGCUGAAACUGAGAAAGAGAUGGCAAAUAUGAAGGAGGAGUUUGCAAAGCUCAAAGAGGCCUUUGCUAAAUCGGAAGCUCGCAAGAAGGAGCUUGAAGAAAAGAUGGUCUCACUUCUCCAAGAGAAGAAUGACCUGCAACUUCACGUUCAGGCUGAGCAAGACAAUCUCUCAGACGCUGAGGAGAGGUGUGACGGUCUCAUCAAAAGCAAGAUCCAACUGGAGGCAAAGAUCAAAGAGCUGACUGAGAGACUUGAGGAUGAGGAGGAGAUGAAUGCUGAGCUGACCGCUAAGAAGAGGAAGCUGGAGGAUGAGUGCUCUGAGCUCAAAAAGGACAUUGAUGACCUCGAGCUCACCUUGGCCAAAGUGGAGAAGGAAAAGCAUGCCACAGAAAACAAGGUCAAGAAUCUGAUUGAAGAGAUGGCUGGUCUUGAUGAAGUCAUUGCCAAGCUGACCAAGGAAAAGAAGGCCCUUCAAGAAUCACAACAGCAAGCACUUGAUGACCUGCAGAGUGAGGAAGACAAAGUCAACACCCUCAGCAAGGCCAAAAUCAAGUUGGAGCAACAAGUGGAUGAUCUUGAGGGCUCUCUGGAACAAGAGAAGAAGAUUAGGAUGGAUCUAGAAAGAGCCAAGAGAAAGUUGGAGGGUGACUUAAAGUUAACCCAAGAGAGCGUCAUGGACUUAGAGAAUGACAAGCAACAACUGGAGGAGCGACUGAAGAAAAAAGACUUUGAAAUGACUCAGCUCAAUGCCAAGAUUGAGGAUGAACAGACAAUGGUUAUUCAGCUACAGAAGAAAAUGAAGGAACUACAAGCUCGUAUUGAGGAACUGGAGGAAGAGCUUGAGGCAGAGCGAGCUGCCAGAGCUAAAGUGGAGAAGCAGAGAGCAGACCUGGCCAGAGAGCUGGAGGAGAUCAGUGAGAGGCUGGAGGAGGCUGGAGGAGCAACUGCUGCCCAGAUUGAGAUGAACAAGAAGAGGGAGGCUGAGUUCCAAAAGCUGCGCAGGGACCUCGAAGAGGCCACAAUGCAUCAUGAAACCACAGCCGCCACCCUGAGGAAGAAACAAAGCGACAGUGUAGCCGAUCUGGGAGAGCAGAUUGACAACUUGCAGCGAGUCAAGCAGAAGCUUGAAAAGGAGAAGAGUGAACUCAGACUAGAGCUGGACGAUGUCAUCUCAAACAUGGAACAUGUUGUGAAGACAAAGGCAAACUUGGAGAAAAUGUGCAGAACCCUAGAGGACCACAUGAAUGAAUUCAAGACAAAGUCGGAGGAGGGCCACAGGAGCAUCAGUGAUUUCAACAUGCAGAGAGCCAAACUCCAGACCGAAAAUGCUGAGCUGUCCAGACAACUGGAGGAAAAGGAUUCUCUGGUCUCUCAGCUGACCAGAAGCAAGCAGUCUCACACCCAACAAAUUGAGGACUUGAAAAGACAGCUGGAGGAAGAAGUCAAGGCCAAGAAUGCCCUGGCUCAUGCAGUGCAAGCAGCUCGUCAUGACUGUGACCUGCUCAGAGAGCAGUUUGAGGAAGAGCAGGAGGCCAAGGCUGAACUCCAGAGGUCCAUGUCUAAGGCCAACUCUGAGGUGGCUACGUGGAGAACCAAGUACGAGACUGAUGCCAUCCAGAGGACGGAGGAACUGGAGGAUGCCAAGAAGAAACUGGCUCAGCGUCUACAAGAUGCUGAGGAGGCAGUGGAGGCUGUGAAUGGCAAAUGCUCCUCACUGGAGAAGACCAAGCACAGACUCCAGAAUGAGAUCGAAGAUCUCAUGGUGGAUGUUGAAAGAUCAAAUGCGGCUGCCGCUGCCCUAGACAAGAAGCAAAGGAACUUUGACAAGGUCUUGGCAGAGUGGAAGCAGAAGUUUGAGGAGUCGCAGACAGAUCUUGAGAGCUCCCAGAAGGAGGCCAGAGCUUUGAGCACAGACCUCUUCAAACUGAAGAAUUCCUAUGAAGAAUCUCUUGACCACUUGGAGACAAUGAAGAGAGAGAACAAUAACCUCCAAGGGGAAAUCUCUGAUCUCACCGAGCAACUUGCAGAGAGUGGCAAGAGUAUUCAUGAAAUGGAAAAAAAUCGCAAGCAGCUGGAUCAAGAAAAGGCUGAGAUUCAGGGUGCUUUAGAGGAGGCAGAGGCAUCCCUGGAGCACGAGGAAGGUAAGAUCCUAAGGGCCCAGCUUGAGUUCAACCAGGUGAAGGCUGACAUGGAGCGCAAACUGGCUGAGAAGGACGAGGAGAUGGAGCAGUCCAAGAGGAACCUUCAGAGGACCGUCGACACCCUGCAGAGUUCCCUGGAGUCAGAGACGCGCAGCAGGAACGAGGCGCUCAGGAUCAAGAAGAAGAUGGAGGGAGACCUCAAUGAGAUGGAGAUCCAGCUGAGUCAAGCCAACAGGCAGGCAGCAGAGGCCCAGAAGCAACUUCGGGCUCUGCAUGCCAAUCUGAAGGAUGUCCAGCUGCAGUUGGAUGAGUCUCUCCGUGCUAACGAUGAUCUGAAAGAGAACGCUGCCAUCGUGGAGAGGCGUAACAACCUGCAACAGGCGGAGCUGGAGGAACUAAGGACUAUGCUGGAGCAGGCCGACAGAGGCCGCAAACUGGCUGAGCAGGAGCUGCUGGACACCAGUGAGAGGGUUCAACUGCUACACUCCCAGAACACCAGUCUCUUGAACCAUAAGAAGAAGCUGGAGAAUGACACCACCCAGCUCCAGACAGAGGUGGAGGAAGCCGUCCAGGAGUGCAGGAACGCUGAGGAGAAGGCCAAGAAGGCCAUCACUGAUGCGGCCAUGAUGGCUGAGGAGCUGAAGAAGGAGCAGGACACCAGCGCUCACCUGGAGCGCAUGAAGAAGAACAUGGAGCAGACCAUCAAGGACCUGCAGCACCGCCUGGAUGAGGCUGAGCAGAUUGCCAUGAAGGGAGGCAAGAAGCAACUGCAGAAGCUGGAGGCCAGGGUGAGAGAACUAGAAAGUGAAAUCGAGAUGGAGCAAAGAAAGAGUGGUGAUGCUGUGAAGGGUAUGCGUAAAUAUGAACGCCGCAUCAAAGAGCUCACCUACCAGACUGAGGAGGACAAGAAGAACCUCGCCCGUCUGCAAGAUCUGGUGGACAAGCUACAGCUGAAGGUCAAGGCCUACAAGAGAUCUGCCGAGGAGGCUGAGGAGCAGGCCAACACCAACCUUGGCAAGUUCAGGAAGCUUCAGCAUGAGCUGGAUGAGGCUGAGGAGAGAGCCGACAUUGCUGAGUCUCAAGUCAACAAGAUGCGUGCCAAAAGCCGGGAUCCGAGUGCCAAGAUUGGACAUGAAGAAGAGUGAAUACAUCACAAGUAUUAUGUUCACAACAUUCAAUCUUCCUGAAGCACACCCCUGUUUUUCAGAUCACUCCAUGUUUUCUGAUGUCAUGAUAAUCAAAAUCAAUAGCUGUUUAAGUCUUCUCAAGUAGUAUAGUUCUGUACACUUUGCAUGUGUCGGUAGAAUAAACAAUGAGGAGAGACAUUUUGUUUCUUGUCAUUACUUCUGUCUUAAUCUUUAAGACCAGCUGCCACACCUAUGUGUAUUUAUUUACCUUCAACAGCGUUGGCGAGUCUGUAAAUUUUUUUGACCCGUUAGGUCUUAAUUAAUGAAUUUGUGCUCAUUUUAAUCCGAAUUGCACUUUUACCAUAUGUACAUGAAUAUAUUUUUCUGCACUCCCUUGGUCCUUGUACUAUGCAAACAGUA